AUGGGACAGCUGAGCAGCCACAUCUUGCGAUGGAGAGAAACGGAAACAGUGGAUCCAGAGCCGCCAGAAGAACAGGCAGGCCCCAGCUAUAUUUGUGGCAGUCGCAAGCGUAAGCAGGGCAGUGGGCCCUCCUUGGGUCCAAUGUCUGAAAUCCGCAGAUCUCUAAGCCAGGGAACCAAUCUACACAAAGUCUCCAACACAUGCUAUGGGAAGAAAGCUAAGAUCAUAUCCAACUAUGCUUACCAACGUUUAUUUUUGAAUGGGGAAACCAGUGACAUUAAAAUCCGUGCUCUAGGGAAGGUAUGGUGUUUACACAAAAUGUUCCUACUGCAAUCAGCUUACUUUGCUAAUAUAAUCAGAGAUUAUUGGGAAGAAUCACAGAAUGAUAUCAUUGAGCUGGACAUUUGUGACCAGAACAUAGAUGUACAAUCUUUGCAUUUUGUACUUGGUUCAUUAUACAGGGACGAAUAUAUUUCAAUCGAGCCUCUUCAAAUUCCAGGAGUUCUGGCUGUUGCAUACUUGCUUCAAUUAGAGGAUUUAAUUCAGCAAUGUGAUGAGACCAUGAAGGAAACAAUCAGUGUGAAAACUGUGUGUCGUUAUUAUGCAGCAGCAGAAACGUAUGGGUUAGAUUCUGUAAAGAAAAAUUGUUUUGAAUGGCUUCUCCACAAUUUGAUGACACACCCAAGUGUUGAGCUUUACAAAGAAAUUGAUAUAGAGCUCAUGAAUCUUCUCAUCUCGUCUCCCAAUUUACUAGUAAUGCAAAAAGAAAUGGAUAUAUACACGACUCUUAAAGAGUGGGUGUUCCUUCGCUUCAACCCAACGUGGAAAGGCUCACUGAAACACCUUUUAGUUACUGCUAACAAUUGGCUUUCCAAGUACAGCGAACAAGUUGAUAACAUCACUUUUCUUGAAACAAACGAAGGAAUAAUAUUUCAACCAGUAUUUAAAACAUUGAGGUUUCAGCAUAUCAUCUGUGACCUGGCAGCCGCAAAAGUUAUUGAACAAGAUAAUCUAAUACCUUCAGAAUGGUUAUCAACUGUUUACAAACAAAAAUGGCUUUCCUUCCUACGAGCACAGCAGUGCAGGGCAAUUGGGCCUCGACACAUCAAUAAAGCAGAACUUGAGGGGUAUAGCAUGAGAUGUGGUAAAAGGAUUUUCAAGGAUGGAAGAUACUCCUGGAAGUGGUCAGGUUACAACUUCGGCUUUCCUUUACACGUCAUCUUUACCAGCCAUUAUAUAAUUUUCAAACAAAAUACUUUCAGACAGCUAUGUGAGGGUUCUGCCUGUACACAAUGUAUACGAAAUAUUGCCUUCAGAUUAACCUUGGCAUAUUUCGAUUCUAGUGGGAAUCUAAGCUUCAGCAAAACAACUGGUUAUAAAAUCCUGACUUUUGAAAAGGAUGAAGAACAAGUGGUAAUGAAUUUGGAUGGUGUUGUUCUGAACUUCCCUUUAUAUAUUUUCUGUAACUUCCUGUUUAUGUCAUCAGAAAAUACAAGAAACUGA